AUGGCAAAUGGGGCCUUCUCUGCCUCACCGCUCUCUUUCGCUUUUGCCACCGAACAGAAGGGAGACGAGUCGAUCUUCCGAGACGAACGGAGGACUCCCUUUGCCUCUUCGCAUUCUCUCCUUGCCACGCGGGGAAUCUGCCCAGGCCUGCACAACACCCUCUGCGUCCUUGCCGGCGUCCUGCUUCUUCUUUGGUUCCUCCAUCUGUUGCGGCGUCUCAUCAAAGCGCACAAAGUUCGACGCCAGUUCGCAGUUCAGCAGCAUCCCCUACAUCUUCGCGGCCUCGCAGGCUACUCUGAGGACCUACAGCGCCUCCUUCGCAUUCACUUCGAGAAGCUCGUGAGGAACUACAACCCCGCCUCGCCUCUCGCAAUUCUUCGCGUCCAUGUGGCCGUUCAAACAAAAUCUGUCCUCUUUCUUCCCACCUCAUCUUCGUCCAAGUCUUCGUCUUCGUCGGCUUCGUCGGCUUCGUCGGCUUCGUCUUCUUUCUCGUUUCUGCCUUCUCACACAGGUGAUCGACCGUGCGAGGGCGUGUUCAGGCAUGAUAUAAGUAGCGGGGAAGAAAGAGGAACAGGCGAAGAGCAGAAAGGAGCGGCGGCUGCGGCGGCUGUGGGGGCAACGGACAAGGGAGAAAUUGAGCUCGUUGUCGACGCGUGCGACGCAGCCACGCUCGUCGUCUACUGGGGAGUCGACGCGAGAGCGCUUCAAAAGGCGCUCGCGAAAAAGGCGGAUGAAGUGAGCAUUUCUCUCGGCGGCCUCGAUCGUCCUCUCCAUUUUCCUCGUUCUCUCCGGAGAAUCUUCGGUGUGCGCCGCCUCGCUUCCUCCCGCGCGGCACGAGGAUCCUCCGUGCACCCUGAAGCCGCUCGCUCGCUUCUCGAGUUAGAAGGAAGGGAGAGUCUCGCUGCUGCGGGACCGGAGAGGGAGAGCGAGGGCGAGAGGCUGCCGACGCCAGACCGGGGAGGAAAUGACGGAUCCUCGGCCUCUGCGUCUCCACCGCUCCUCUCGCCUUCCGAGUAUCGCCUGCGAUCCGCUGAGAUGAGCUCACCUUUCUUGUCUUCCUUGCUCCGCAUGCUGGCUUCUCUGUCUCUGACGCAGACUAGAAGCUGGAAUGAAUCAAAGGCAACCCUGGGAAGCUUUGCGGAAGAAUCGACUGACGCAUCAGACGCGGAUGACAGAGCCGAGGUUCCCUUGAUCGUCGUCGCUUCUCUCCUCUCGCAUCCGCACCGCCGCAUGGGCGAGCUGGGCCACCUCGGCGCGGUGUCCGUUUCGGAGGUGAGUGACGAGCGAGACGCAGACGACGACCGGCUCUUCAACGUUGAAGAGUUGAAGGCGCAGACGGAGUCCUCUUUUCGCAGAACCACAUCAACGCAUCGCGGCACGAAGAAAGGCCACGCGGCCUUCUCGGGCGCCGGUCUAGUUACGCCAACUGCCCAAAAUUCGUCCCAUCUCGGCCUGGAGUUGGCGAAGGAAGUUGUUCUCGGCGGCGGGCUCUCGCGGGCGCAAGAGCGUCUAGAUGUGUAUGGACUGGAAGAAGGUGACACGAUUGGUGGCGAGAAAGAAUGCUUGGUGUGUAUGACGAACGCGAAAGACGUGAUGCUGUACCCGUGCAGGCACUGCUCGCUCUGCUUUGACUGCCUCCGUUCGCUUCAUCAGGAACGGUGUCCCAUUUGCCGGUCGAAUUUCUCUGCCUUUGUGACGUUUCCCUUCAAACGGGCGCAUGCGCUUCCUUCGUCUGCUUCGGUAUCUGCAUCCUCCCCCUCCACAACAGCCCCGCCUUCCGCGGCUGCUCUUCGUUUUCCGGGGGAGCGAGGAAGAAACGAUGGCGACAGAGACGCGCAUGGCCCUUCCAGGGCCCCUCGCUCGUUUUCCGCGUCUCCUGAGCGAGGACACGAACAGCGCGGAGCUGAGAGGCAUCGAGGAGUGAACGAAGAAGACGCAGAAGAUCGGUUAAACGCGUCGGCUAGCUCGCGAACUGGGGGACGACGGGAGCGAAGAGGAAGAGAACCAAGCGAGGGUCUCGGGUCUCCAGAAAGUAACAGAGGUGUGCCUGGCAUGCUCCUAGGCCAGCUCCGACAGUACGUGCACUACGACGAGCUCGGCAGCGACGUGGCCUCGGACAGUGACUCGUAG